AAGUUCACUUAGAACAAAUGUGUGAGGAGAGAAAGUGUCACAUGUCUGCCUCAGGGCCUGCACAAAUGUUAGCACAGAUCUGAAGAGUGACCCCCGCUACUGGGUUUGGAUCUCGGCUCUGUCUGGAAAUCUGUCUGGGAAUCCUCAGCAUCUUCUGUGUAGUUGAUGGAGUAAUGUGGAGGUGAAGAUAUAUACGCUCUGAUGUCUGCCGGUGGUUCAGGGAUGGACGACUCAAUGGAGGAGACGACACGGGCCGCACCAUUACGCCAACCGAAAGAAGGUGGAGCCCUCACUAGACAGCCAGCCAAACGCUACAGUGAGAUUUUACGGGACUUCGAUAACUUGGAUCUGUCCUUAGUGAGCUGCACGGCUGUAGAUGAUCUACUCGGAGACUCUGAUACUCAGACGUUCUCAGAAACAGGAGAUACAAUAGACACAACUGAGGAUUUGUCUAGUGAAGAUGUCGACCACACACUGGUCUGUUCUGAUGGAGAUGAAAGAGAUGGUGGCUUGUCGGCCCAGGAAGCUGAUGUGGCCAUGUGCCGCAGCGAGGGUGGAGUGGAGCUCGCCUUACAGUACGCCAAAAUGUGGUGCCGCUACGCCAAAGACCUUCUCACCUGGAUAGACAAGAGAAUCAGUCUAGAGCAAGAAUUUGCCAAGAAUAUCAUGAAGGCAGCGGAAACAACAAAGUCCUGUAUUGCUCAGCAGGACCUGAUGCCACUGCAGUCUAUCUACAGCAUGGCUCUGGAGCAGGACAUGAAGAGCAGCUCAUCAGCCAAACACACCACUGAGCUUCUCAAUCAACGCUGCUACCAUGCUUUGUCUGCCAAGAGGAAUGAGAUUGACAAGUGGCGUCGGGAGUUUAAAGAGCAGUGGAUCAGAGAGCAGAAGAGAAUGAAUGAUGCUGUAGUGGCACUGAAGCGAGCACGACAGCAGUACUUACAGCGAUGUGAGGACCUGGAGAAAGCCAAAGCCAUGACGGCCAAAGGAGUCGACGAACUCAGUGGCACAAAGACACUGGACAAAAGGAGGAAGUCUCAGGAUGAGGCACAGUCCAAGGUUUCGGAGGCUGAGGUGUUAUACAGGCAGUGUGUGAACGACGCGAAGGCUCAUCAGGACGAGCUGGAGAAAGUGAAGGAGAGGAUCAUCGUUCACACCCGCAAGCUCAUCUCCCAAGGAGACUUUGUGCUUAAAGAGGUGACGGUGAACAUGUUCUUCUACCAGAGACAGCAGAUAGAGCCCAUCCCUUUAGGCUACCAAAACCUGGAGCUGACCUGCCGACCGUGCGAGCCCGGAGAACCCUACCUGCUCUACAUCUCCAGGAAGUGUGGACCUGAGCAGCCACUUCAGACAUUCAACUUCCAGGAGUUCAUCCCUCAGAACAAGAGAACUCGUAAAGUGAGUAACGCCCUGACGCCGCUGCAGGACUCCUCUCCUUUACACGAGGACAUGAAGCGCUACAGUGAUGGAAAACGUGACAGCGACAGCAUUGGAGGAAGUCUGGAGUCUCUGUCCAGUCCAGCCCAUAAACUGCUGAAAGCUCCGUCUACUGGAACAGUGUCCUCUGAUGACCUGGACGAGAGAGAACUGAACGCUGAAACUGAGAGCUCCGAUCCUCUAAAUGACAGUAACGGCACCUACUCUAAAGUGCGCACCACGUCCCGAGCUGCUCUCACUCACCGCCUGAAGAAAACAAAGAGCAAAAUGCAAAAGUGCAAACUGUGUGAUAACUUCAUCCUGGUCAGCGGCAUCGAAUGUGAGGAGUGUGGCCUCAUGGUUCACAGGAAGUGUCUGGAUUUGUGCCAAAUUGAGUGUGAGCGCAGGAGGGGGGUUCUCUUCGGGGUGGAGUUCUCCAUGUUGCCCAGAGAUCAACCGCAGGACAUUCCCUUCAUAGUCCAGCGCUGUACCGAGGAGCUCGAGAGCCGAGCCCUCACCGUGCAGGGAGUUUAUCGUGUAAGUGGAUCUAAGCCCAGAAUCCUGAAGCUGUGUCAUGCUUUUGAGACCCAGAAAGACCAGGUUGACCUUUCGGACCUCUCACCUCACGACAUCACUUCCGUUCUCAAGCUCUUUUUCAAAGACCUCCCUGAACCGUUACUGACCUUCGACCUUUACAACGAUUUCAUCAACACUGGAAAAGAAAUCCAGCGCCUCACCGAGAAAGACCAUUCAGCUGAGAGUGCUCAGAUCAGUGAGAGCAUCGUGAGCAGUCUGAAGCAGGUUCUAGCGCGACUUCCUCCCUGUAAUUACAGCACACUGCAGUUUAUGAUGGCUCACCUGUACAGGAUAUCCGAGUGUGAGGAGAAUAAGAUGUCUCCUGGGAACCUGGGCAUCGUGUUUGGCCCCACUCUCCUGCGCCCCCUGGUGUCAGGUGACGUGUCCAUGAUCGCCCUUUUGGAAAGCAGCUACCAGGCUCUGCUGGUAGAGUUCAUGAUCUCACACUAUGACCAGAUCUUUGGCCUUGCUCCGAAGACGUGCACACCUCAAAAACCUGCACACACCAACCCGGACCCGGACACGGACACGGACACGGAGCGGGACACUGCAAACGAGUGUGGAGGCUUGACCAGAGACCGGCCGCAGUCUCUCGAGUCGUGGCUUUGAGGGACACCAGCCGCUCUGAGGGUGCGCUUAUCGACCUGAGUCGUGAGGCAACCUAGACAGUGUACUCCAUCGAGAGAGCAGCAAGGAAAAACAUGGAGCUACAAAUCAGCAAAAUUCUGGGAGGUUGUGUGAAACUUCCAGCAGUGGCCAUGCCACGCCCCUCAAGCCUGUCAGUCCUUAACCAGACAUUGCCAUUAGGACAGAAAUGAUGGGGGCCACCUGGUUUAUGAGAGUGGUACAGUCCACAGGACAGUGACCCGAUGGAUCAGCAGACACAGGACUGUUUUGUCCAGACUGAAGCUGAGAUGACGCAGUUCAAGGAAAGAUGAACACGUUUGUUUUGUAUGAAACAAGCAGCCAAAAGAAAAUAAAGGUUCUAUGGUUCUUCAAAGGUU